AUGUGCCUGAAUGCAAGGACUCACCGCAGAGGGAUUACGAAGAGGCGGUCGUGUGGGACAGGAGGCCCGGAGAUGGCCGGCUUGGCCGCAAUAGAGACACAGACGUUGAGUGAUUCGGCGCUCUCGCUCCUCUGGAGACAGGUGAGUGUAUCCGAGCUGCAUGGGUUCCACAGAAGAGGAGGAAGAAGUGAUUGGAACCGAAUGACUGAGAGUUCCACACAGGUGUACUGGUUAGAGCUUGAAAUCGAGUCAUCGGUGUAUGACAACAUCACUGAGCUUCUGAGAGAGCAGACACGCAUCGACAUAGUACAUGCAUCUGUAACAAACAUCGGCAUCACAACAGAGAGUUCCACACAGGUGUACUGGUUAGAGCUUGAAAUCGAGUCAUCGGUGUAUGACAACAUCACUGAGCUUCUGAGAGAGCAGACACGCAUCGACAUAGUACAUGCAUCUGUAACAAACAUCGGCAUCACAACAGGCUUCAUCAUUAUUGAUGGUCCUCGGGGUCCGAUUGAUAUCGACUCCCUGGCAACUAUAACUUGUCGUCCACAAGAAAUGCUGGGAGAGGUAAAGUGGUACUUAAUAGAUGAGUGGAAUAAAAAAACAGAGAUCACAAAAGGACAAGAGGCCAGCUUCGCAAACAACAGUUUGGAGGACAUUGUUCAUCUGAAAAAUAUUUCAGGAAGCUGGAAAGGAACAAUUCAGUGUGUGUACACAAAAGGGCCCAUAAAACACACAGCAAGUACAGAGUUGGACAUAGCACUUCUGCCAGAAAUACAGGCCAUGAGCACUCCCCAAUUUCCUAAUUGUAGAAAUAACCAAUUCAAAAAGGCUAUCAUUGAAUGUAAAAUUUCAAACAAUACAGAAAAUUACACGGUUACAUGGAAUACUGCUCUUAGUUUCACAGAAAUAGGACCAGAAAUCCAGGGGAAUUUUUUAUCUUACAAAGCAGAGGCGAUCAUAAAUUGUGAAUCAUAUAUUAGGGAUAAGAAUGAGACACUGAAUGUUUCAUGUACAUUCACCAACAACAGAGCCAUUUACAACAAAAAUAAAACCAAAUAUGUGGAGAUCCCAGUCAUUCUUCCCCAUUCACAAUUCUGUGAAGAAGAUAACGAGUGGCCCAUCACAAAACACACCUAUACAGCCAUUAUAUCCUGUGGGAACUCUGAUGUUGGUUCGAAAAUGAAAAAGUGCUAUGAAGGGUGGAAAGACGAAAUCUCUACUUGUGUGAAUAUAGACCUGCAUGGCAUUAAAAAGGAUAUAGAGAUAUUAAAUAAAGGCAUUGGCCUUAUUAAGAAUGAUGCAGACGGACUUUUCAGACGAAUACAGCAUUCGACCACUGUGGAGACAUUCAACUCAUUUGCAAAUAUUAACGCAUCUGUAGUUAUUUUUGAAGCCAUGAACAAUGUAUCUAAACAGCAGUUCAAUCAAUGGAAUGAUACUGUCAUGCCUGACUUUGUCAGCGCUAUAAGCAACGCUUUGAAUAAAACAGGAGCCUGGAACAAUCCUCAAACUAAAAACACAGAUUUAUCUGUAACAUAUCUACAGACUAUUGAGCAAAUUAUACUCAACUCAAAUCUGACCAUGAAUCAUCCUCAAAAUUCUUAUAAUGUUAAACUGGCAGUCUGUAAUAAGACCGGAGGGGCACAUUGCAGCAACUUUAAUGCCAGCGUCAGCCCAGAUGAUAGGGUUGUUGUCGUUGCAUUCCGGAACCUUCACGAAAUUUUACCACAGUAUGAAAAAAGGCCCUUAGAGACCACCAUCUUGUCAGUCACCACUGUAAAUAAUGAGAAGAAGUCCAUCUCUGUCCAGAUGACGUUCGAUUACGGUGAAAAAAGACUUCGGAAUCAUGAAAUGUAUUGUGUUUUCUGGGAUGAAAAGAACAGUACUUGGUCUUCAGAGGGGUGUAAAUGGGGUGGUGCAGAAAAUCAAAAGUUGUGCACAUGUACACACAACUCUGCCUUCACCGUAAUGAUGUCCAAAAAUGCAGAGACCCUUCCGUAUAUGAAGGAACUGACCUAUGUUGGCUUAGGAAUAUCCGUCGUCUCACUUGUUCUGUGUUUAAUCAUUGAGUUUUUGGUAUGGGAGGCAGUUGUAAAGUCAGACAUCUCCAAUUUUCGGCACGCGGCCUUAGUCAACAUCUCUUUAUGCUUGCUGUUUGCACACUGUGGAUUUUUAGCAUCAUCUGAUCCGAAGGCAAUCCCCGAACACUGGUGCUCCAUCCUUACAGUAGCCAAACACUUUUUUUUCCUCGCUGUCUUCUUCUGGAUGCUGUGCUUAAGUGUCGUGCUUCUUCACCAAAUGAUAUUUGUCUUUGACCAGCUGAGGAAAAAGGUUUUUUUGGUAUUGUCUAUCACUGUUGGUUACGUGUGCCCUUUAAUAUGUGUGGCAACAACCUACAUUACUUUCGAGAACGGUAAAGAAGGUAAAUACUAUUCCACAGACACUUGCUGGCUCAUAUAUCAGGGUGUGCUGAAGGGCUCCCUCUUUUCCUUUGUAAUUCCUGCCUUAACUAUUGUGAUGGUAAACUUGUUCACACUGGUUGUGGUGAUCAUGAAGAUAGUAACUCCUGCUGUGUCGGAUUCAAAGGCGCAGGACCACAAGGACGUUGCCAAGGGUAUGAUUAAGACAGUAGUUUUCUUAAGCCCUGUCCUCGGAAUAACUUGGCUCCUCGGGGUUUUGGUGCUGCACCUUGAUCUUACACAAAAACCUUUCGCCCAAAUUGUGAGCUACGCAUUUACAUUGUUCAAUUCGCUGCAGGGCUUUUUGAUACUGCUGACAAACUGCUUGGGAGAGAAAAAGGUUCGUGAUGCACUUCUGAAGCGUUUGCAAUCUAAGCAAUCAGUGCAUUCUAAAAGUGAAAGCUCAAGCAAAGCGACAUCUUCAGUUAUGACGAAAUAAAGACUGGACAGAUUAAAAUCCGUGCCUUCUAAAAGUACUGAAAGAGAAGACAUGAAACUCGAGGGAACCUUGAAAAACUUCAUGGAUUAAAUUAUGUCACAUUCAACAGCUCUAAAACAUUGUUUU